UAAAGUCCCGGGAGCCGGUCCCGGGCAGCCGCUCAGCCCCCUGCCCCCCGCCGCCUGCUGGGCCGGCCGAGGAUGCAGCGCAGCGCCUCGGUGGCCAGGCUCGCUCCGCUCCAGCGUGCUUGCUAACUUCCCCGGCUCCGUCUCUGCCUGCCGGGGUCGCCCCGUGUCCCUGCGCCCUCCGGGUCUGGUUCUCUAAGCUCUCUGGGCGCUGCCUCCGGGUCCCUUGCAGCCCGCUCGCGAGCCCGCGCUCCCCUCCUGCGCCCCACCCUCGUCCUCACCAUGCUGUCCUUCGGCCUCGUGGCCGCCCUGCUGCUGGCCGCAGGGCCUCGGCCGAGCCUGGGCGACGAAGCCAUCCACUGCCCCCCUUGCUCCGAGGAGAAGCUGGCGCGCUGCCGCCCCCCCGUGGGUUGCGAGGAGUUGGUGCGGGAGCCUGGCUGCGGUUGUUGCGCCACUUGCGCCCUGGGCUUGGGGAUGCCCUGCGGGGUGUAUACCCCACGCUGUGGUUCAGGCAUGCGCUGCUACCCUCCCCGGGGGGUGGAGAAGCCCCUGCGUACAUUGAUGCACGGGCAAGGCGUGUGCACGGAGCUGUCGGAAAUCGAAGCCAUCCAGGAAAGCCUGCAGACCUCUGACAAGGAUGAGAGCGAACAUCCCAACAACAGCUUCAACCCCUGCAGUGCCCAUGAUCACAGGUGCCUGCAGAAGCACAUGGCCAAAAUUAGAGAUCGGAGCAAGAUGAAGGUCGUGGGGACACCUCGGGAGGAACCCCGUCCUGUGCCCCAGGGUUCCUGCCAGAGCGAGCUGCACCGGGCCCUGGAGCGGCUGGCCGCCUCGCAGAGCCGUACCCACGAAGACCUCUUCAUCAUCCCCAUUCCAAACUGUGACCGCAACGGCAACUUCCACCCCAAACAGUGUCACCCCGCCCUGGACGGACAGCGUGGCAAGUGCUGGUGUGUGGAUCGGAAGACAGGGGUGAAGCUUCCUGGGGGUUUGGAACCCAAGGGGGAGCUGGACUGCCACCAGCUGGCUGACAGCUUCCAAGAGUGAGACCUGCCAGCAGGUGGGGGACUCAGUGCCCCCUACUAGGCCCCUAUGCUCUGGGGCUGUGGAGUUGACCUGGCAUGGAGUUUUGGUCUGAGUCCUGGUUGUCUGCCUCUGGCCCUGCCCCAAGUUUCCCUUUGUGUGUGUGUGUGUGUGUGUGUGUGUGUGUGUGUGUGUGUGUGUUUAUAAGAUGUGCUCCACAGGGUAAGCCUGAGCCUCCAAGUGCCCACGAUGGACUUAGAUACCCCAAGAGGUCUGAGUGUAGCAAUAGGAAGUCCCAGUGUGUUUUCAAAUCAAUCUUGAAUUCAUUCAUUCAUUCAUUCAGUCAGUCAUCUGAAAACAUGUAUUGACAACAUACUAUGUGCCAGCUUUAGUUUUCAGCCCUGGGGAAGCCUCGUUCUGAUUUCCUCCGAUUGUGGCAUGUGAGGUGUUCCCAACUCGAGGCCCAUGGGAGAAGAGAAACCUCAUUCUUGGAGUGAGAGAGAAAGAAAGUGGUGAACAUUGAACGCUCUCCCUCUCCAUCUUGGCCAGAGUGUGGGAAGCCUCCACAGUAGAGGCUCACAACUCAUGAGACCCACCUCCGCUCUGUGCUGCAUAGAGCUCUUUCCUCAGGGCCUCCAGGGCACACGCUUGAGGGACAGGGCCCAUCUUUGGGUCUGGGUAUUUGGUUAUCCCACAGGGUCUUGCAGGUAGAUCUCCGCUGUGGGAAAGGAAUGGGUUGAGGAAGGCCGGAAGAACAAGGGGCAUGGAGGUGGGCUCAUCACUCUGAGCCAGCAGGAGAGAGGAAAGAAUGUGAGAUUGGAUUGUGUGUGUCUGAGGAAUAGCCCCAUUCUGGUCCCUAUUUGUGGUUACUGGUCAUGAAGUCAUCAGGAUGACCCUAUCUUUCCAGUUGCCCACCACCUGUGGCUCUGCCUCCGUCCCCAUAUUUCCCUUCCCUUAUACCUCCUGUCCCGCCCUCUCUACCCUCCACCCCACCCCUGGGCAUUUUCUGGCUUGCCUGGAUAGAUUUAGAGACCUGCUUGUUGGCUAUAAUGUCUUUUCAUUCUUUCUUCUUAUUUUUUUU